AUGGAGGCGACCGGGACGACGGUCGUGCGCGACUACGCGCCGCCGACGCGCGCGCGCGCGUCGCGACGCGACGGCGCCGGCGGCGGCGGCGCGAGCGUCGCCGCGCUCGCGGCGUCGUCGCUCGCGUCGUUGUUCCUCGGCUUCCUUCUCGGGCGAAUCAGCACCGCGAAGAAGACGCCGUCGCGCGGGAUGGACGACGACGACGACGACGCCCGCGCGACGCCCGCGGGGAAGCGACGCGCGGCGGCGGCGCCGACGGCGGCGCCGCAGCUCGGGGACAUGUCCACGGGGAAGCCGGUCCCGACGCGCUCGAGGAUCGUCGUCGCGGCGCCGGCGGAGGAGGAGGACGAGGACGAGGCGGAGGACGCGUCCGACGACGACGACGACGACGACGACGACGCCGACGGCGACGCCGCCGCCGCGCGAUGGACCGCGAAGCGCUUCCGAAGGUGGUGCGCGAUGAAGAUGGGCACCGGCGGCGAUGUCGUCCGGUGGUACGUCAGCGGCGACGUGUACGAGUACCCGAGCGGGAAGCUGCUCGCGCGCGUGGAGGGACUCGACGUCGCGCGCGGCGUCAUCGAGGGCGACGGCUCGCGGUGCGCGCACCAGCUCUCGCGAAAGUUUUUCGUGUUUCGCGACCCGGUCACGAACGCGGUCAUCACGCGGCACGACGGCGCCGCGGUCGCGCCGAUACGGUACCCGUACCAGCACAUCACGUACAGGAGAGAGGGCGACGGCGGGACGCUGACGACGGAGGUCACGACGGGGACGGGGGAGAACGUGCGGACGACGGCGGGGAACGAAAUCUCGGCGAGGCGCGCCGUCGGCGGCGGCGGCGGCGGUGAGACUGCUUCCCAUACGACCCCGUUCGCGUGGUGCACGCCGUUCCUUAAGGACUUUUCCCGUCGUCACUCUUCACCCGCGCUUCCCUUUCAACGUUUGACCGGCGGCGGCUGCGGCGGCGGCGAGUGCUUCACGUGCCCGGUGUUUCUGAACCUGCGCACGCCGAGCGGGGGCGUCUACGAGGCGUACGAGAACUACGACUACUUCCACGACGCGGCGGGGGGGAUCUCGAAUACAGCGAAAACGAAUACGCACGGCGGUGGGGGGUUAUUCCGUUCGCCGGGCGGCGCGGGCGCGCGCGGCGGCGAGGGGCACCGGAUGCAGUGGACGCGAUUCGGCGCGGCGGCGCCGUUCGCGGAGCGCGCCGUGCUUCACGCGCUGUCGUGGCGCGUCGCGUCGCACGAGGAGCUUCCGGAGAGUAUUAAAACGUACGUUGACGAGAUGUUACCGCUGUGGAAGGACGCCCCGCGGGAUCUCGCGGAGAUACGAGCGAUGCAACAGGCCGGGUAG